AUGGAUAUUAAACUGCUUAGGCACAUAUUUUGUCUUCCCUGCGCAGAUACUCUCGGUCUCUCACGUCCCACCCAUGGCGAACGUCGCUGUCCAGCUUGCCAAACCGUCCUCGUGAAUCCGGACGACGCCGCGUCAACCGUUCUCAAUCCCUCUGAAGACUAUAAAACCAGCGUACUGAGUGGGCUAGAUCCGAACACAAUCAUGGAAUGCGCCAGCCGAGCAUUAGUAUUCUGGGCUUAUCAGGCCACGCAGGAGAUGUGCGUAUUGCUCAGCUUUCCCAUCGACUUCUGCCUCAAUUUCCUCACAGGGGACAGAUUCUACCAAGAGUAUCUCGGAAAGUCACUUACGGAGAAAUACUCAACGCUGAGUACACACAUGGACAGGGUGAUUCAUAGUGCAAAUACGGAGAUAUCAGCUCUUCAAGCUAAAUUGAACGGUUCGUCAUCAUCAGCAGACCCUCGAGGGAGGACAGGACCUGUUGACUCGAAAAUAGACAUGCAAGCAACAGAAGAGCAGCUUCGCAAGAAGAACCAGGAGCUUGUCAAUCUCUACCGAGAGAAGUGCAAGAAGUUCGCUCAGAUCACCAAUCUGUACAACCUUCUCAAGUCUCGUGCUAUGAGGUCGCAAAUGAAGACCGCUGCGUCGGACACUGUCUCGCAAACUUUGAAUUCACUCGGCAACUCUGGAAACGCGCCCUCGGUAUCAGGUUUGAGCAGACCAAUGGGAGUAUCGCAGCCGCCACAGACUCCGGCGUCUCAUCAAGGCAAUCCGCAUCCUGUCAACCUGGAAGGGGUGGAACAGCUACAUCGGCAUCAGCGGAGCGGAACUGGGAGCUCGAAAGGCACGAAGCAAAAGGUUGACGCCGCGGUGAUGCCACCACCCACUGUGCCAGUGAACUUGAGAAACCGUAUGCUCCUCUUCAUCUAUUUCCAGUGA